ACAUGUUUAAUUUCCCGGAAAUGUAUCAUCUUAAAAACGGUAUUUUGGGCAAAGUAAUAGACGCAUCUGCCAUUGCUACGACUAACGGAAAUGCUAUCGAGCUAAUACUGGAAAUUGCACGAAGAUGAAAGAAAAUUCACAAAUGGAUGCUAUCUACACUGCAAUAAAAUACCAAACGGGAAAUAGUGGAGUGGAAACAGAAGUGAGGAGUACACCAGAAUAUGAAUUUGAUAUUAUCUAUGCUGAGCUGGAGAAUAUGGAAUCCAAUGGACAACAACUCCAAAUACAAGAAGACACUCCUAAUCGAGAAAUUAAAAAUGGAAAAUCCAAAUACAGCAGCACUUCAAAUAAAGCAGCUUCAGUGACAAAGGAGAAUGCAAAAGGGGAAAACACUACUGACUCAUUAGGAAAAAGCACCACAAAAAAAGCUGAACGUGACAUUAAAGGAGCCUGCAUAUCUGGUGCUCAAAGUGGAUUCAAAAUUGCAAUAUUUGGUACCAUUGUGAUGUUUUUUGUACUUGCUGCAAUCUGGAUUUUCAAUUCUCUAGGAAUGACUACCAGCUCAGCUAGGGACAGUGAAAGUGAACAUAACGAUACAGUUAUGUAUCAAUCAGAUGAAAUUAAAAGUAACCAAACAGAAUGGAAGACUUUUGAAUCAAGAUCAUAUUAUUUUGAGAAGGAGCAAAAAACCGAUUGGGAUUCUGCUAAUUUAUUUUGCAGAAAUCAAAAUGCAAACCUUGCAAUGAUUAAUGAUGAAAAAGAAUGGGAAUAUGUUAAGCUUCACUAUAAGGGUCCUACUUGGAUUGGUGUGAAAAACGACAAUGGCAUAUGGAAAUGGAUUGACAAGACUACUGUCAACUACAAUAUUUUUAAAGACGAAGUUAAGCAACAGAGAAAAGCUAGUAACUGUGCCAAUAUUAUAAAUGAAAAUUUAUUUGCUGCACCUUGCAAAAUGCGUUCCUACUGGAUCUGUGAGAAGUAAUAUGUUAUCCGGAAUCUUCAGGACCAUCCAUCAUUUAAGUUGAAUUUGUAUUUGAUACCCAAUGUUAAACAAAAAAAAACUACUGUUACAGUACAGAUAUCUUUACAAUUGUUUACUAUAAAUAAAUG